AUGCAGUUCUUUCUUCACGUACUGGCCGGUCUUGGACUGGCCACCCUCAUUGGCAAGUCAAACGGCAUUGCCUUGACAGUGUCCCAAGAUCCAGGCAAUUCAACAUCUAGCAAGAUGUGGGGAUUGAUGUUUGAAGACAUCAAUCACUCAGGCGACGGCGGCAUUCAUGGCCAGCUUCUGCGCAACAAUGGUUUUCAGGGCACUAAUCCAGGGUUGACCGCAUAUUUUGCUGUCGGAGGUACCGAGCUUGCUGUCGAUGAGUCGAUUCCACUCUCUACGGCCAUCAGCAACACGCUACAAGUCAGUGUAGCCGCCGAAUUGACGGGCCAGGUGGGAUUUGGUAACGAGGGAUACUGGGGAAUUCCAGUUGACGGAAGCGCCCACAACCAUACCAUCUUCAUUCGAGGCGCCUACGAAGGCCCAAUGACCUGGACUCUAGUCAGUGCAUCAAGCGGGGAGGUAUUUGCCAAUGGAACUUUUGACGUCAGCAGUGAGAGUGAUCGUUUCACCGAGUUUACCAGCACGGCAAGGUCAAUGCGCACAUCUGCCACUGAUAUUGAAUAUCAUUUGACCUUUGAUGCCGCCCAAGUUGCGGGAUCUUCACUCUGGUUCGGUCUUCCCCAGCUCUACGCAGAGACAUUUGCGGGACGACAAAAUGGACUAAAGACAUUCAUGGCAGAGGCCAUCAAUGAUAUUGGUGGAAGCUUUCUACGUUUCCCAGGCGGUAAUAAUUUGGAAGGACCAAAUGUUGCCAAUCGUUGGAAGUGGAACGAGACGGUUGGGCCUCUUGUGUCACGUCCGGGUCAUCAAGGUGCUUGGGGAUACGGUAAUACAGAUGCACUAGGUCUUCAUGAAUAUUUUGAGUGGUGCGAAGACAUGGGACUCGAUGCCUUUGUGGGUAUCUAUUCAGGGUAUUCUCUGGACGGUACAUCCAUCACCGGCUCUGCCUUGGAUCCCUAUGUUGACGAUGCUUUGAAUGAGCUAGAGUACAUUCUAGGCGAUGCUUCCACUCCCAUGGGGUCUUGGCGGGCUAGUAACGGCCGUCAAGAACCCUGGACCAUUACAUGGCUCGAAAUUGGAAAUGAAGACGAUUUUGCCUGUGGCACAUAUGCAGAGCGGUUCACGGCCUUCUAUGAUGCUAUCAAAACUACAUAUCCAGAUCUACAGCUCGUUGCAUCAGCCACUGGGUUCGGGUGUCUGCCGGAUCCUUUCCCAGAGAACGUCUGGAUUGAUUACCACGAAUACAAUAUUCCAGACAACUACGUCACCAACUUCAAUCAAUGGGACAACGUCUCGAGAAGGAACAAAUACAUCAUUGGGGAAAUGGCUCGCUGGGGCGCUGAAUGGUCGGAUAUGCGCGGGUCAGUGUCCGAGGCUAUUUUCAUGCUUGGUCUUGAACGCAAUAGCGACUUGAUCCAAGGCGCGGCCUUUGCGCCACUCCUGAGUCUCGUUGACAAUCAACAGUGGACGCCAAACUUGAUCCCGUACCACCAGUCUCCAGACGGGCUGGUGUUGACGUCGAGCUAUUGGACUCAGCAGCUUUUCGCCCAAAAUGCAGGUGACAUGACGCGGGCCGUGACUUCUGAUACAGAGUUUGGUCCUGUUUACUGGAGUGCUGUGAGCGCAGGCACCUCGUACAUGGUCAAACUCGCCAACUAUGGUGCGGACCCGCAACCGGUGACGAUCAACGUUGCAGGCAAGACUGCUGCAAACUUGUCGGUCCUAAGCAACGACGAUCCAGAUGCUGCCAACACCGACGUGACCAGCCCGAUCGUAGCUCCGAUCGUCUCAAGCAUAUCGGGAAACGCUUCAUUCACUUUCAGUUUGCCAGCCUGGUCUGUGGCCGUUGUCAGAGCAGAUUAG